AUGAUGAAAAUAAUGUUUCUGGCAAUCUUUGCUGCGCUGGUCACCCUGCACGUCGACGUCGACGGAUGGAUUCUGAAACCCGGGCAUGAAUAUGAUUGCUACAUGGCAAUCGCUAACGCGAGUGAUAGAGUGUGUCGCAACCAUGGUCAAGAUGGAUUUUUCUUUUUCAACUUUCACACUUGUUCAGCACGAUGCAAACCUGGUAACAUCGAACGGCGACUGCCUUCGGGAAUAACGUGCGACGAGAACUAUUCGUACAGGGACGGUAGUGUGGAAUGCGUCCGUACAAUUGGUCAAAACGACGAUCGUCUAUUAUGCUAUGGCUGCACACCUGAUGUACUCAGUAAGCUGAGCAAAUGGCAGUAG